AUGCCCCCGGCAUGGCCGCCCGCUGCCUGGCGGCAGAGCUGCCGGGCAGGAGCCCGGCCGAUCCUGCAGCUGACGAGGAGCCGAAGCUGUGCGUGGCUCCCGGGCUGCUGCACGCAUCGUCUCGCAGGCAUGGGUCCAAGGCGCCCGCAGCUAGCAAAGGGCAGGCUUCCCUCGCUGGGCUCGGUGCCGAUGUUCCAUGCCGCUGCGCACGCCAGCCUGGCAUCUCGAGGUCUGGAGGGUCUGGGGGGAGCCGAGGGGGGAGAUGUGAGCCAGAUGCGGCGCGAAUUCAGCGCGGAAGGUCUGGAAGAAGCGGCCAUGCCUCGAAGAAGACACCUUUCGCAUACGCAUAACCUGAGAGGGCAUGCUCGGGCCGAGAGGGCUCUUCUUCCGGCGGUGCCCGCAGCGCCCCUGGCCUUCUUCCGGACCUGGUUCGACGAGGCCGUCAGGGCCGAGGUUCACGAGCCCAACGCCAUGUGCCUCAGCACCGUGAGCUCGGGCACGGGCAGGCCGUCCGCGCGCAUCGUGCUGCUGAAGGGCUUCGACGAGCGCGGCUUCGUGUGGUACACGAACUACGGCUCGCGCAAGGCGCAGGAGCUGGACUGCACGCCAUUCGCUUCGCUCACCUUCUGGUGGGGGCCGCUAGACCGCUGCGUGCGCGUCGAGGGCCGCGUGGCGCGCGUGCCCCAGGAGGAGAGCGAGGCCUACUUCCGCAGCCGCCCGCGCUCCAGCCAGCUCGGCGCGCUGGUGUCCGAGCAGUCGCGGCCUGUGGAGCCCGGCGUGCUCGAUAUGCGCAUGGAGACGCUCAGGCAGCAGUACAUGCCCGAUGGUGUGGCCGAGGCAGAUUUGCCAGAGGUGCCCAUGCCCGAUUGGGGCGGGUAUCGACUGGAGCCGGACGUCGUCGAGUUUUGGAAGGGAAGGCCGUCGCGGGUCCAUGAUCGUCUCGUGUACACCCGACCUCUGGAUGGAGCACAGUCGGAAUGGAAGAAGGAGCGGCUGCAACCCUGA